AUGAAAGUGAAGGGUGAGUACAUUUCUCUAUCUUCCGCUAGAGGAAGUGGGCUUUUCACUCUGUUUAGGAGCAACUACAAACACUGGAAAGCGAAAUUUUUCAAGUUGAGGGAAUCUGAGAAAAGUAAAGACGUUUUCUACUAUGAUGACGGCACUCCUCGGUUCCCAUUUUACUGGACUGAUAAGCCCGAACUUAUUUACAAAGUACCUGAAUCUUCCUUAACUAUUGAUGAAAAACAUGAAGUUGAUUUCUUGUCAACAAUUAAUUUAAACCUCUAUGACUUUUAUGAAGCGUUUAAAAAGAGAGACUUAGCCAGAUUUGUUGCUAGGAUGGCACGCCUCUCUGAAGAUGACAUUCUCCGCUUCCGUCGUGAACAGCAGGCGUUGAAGAACAAGCCCUCUCCCGCCAAGACUUUGACUGAACCUGAAGGAAACCAUUCUGAAACUGACAAGAAUCCCGCCCAGAAAAGAAGAAAAAGAAAUCUAGAUUCUGAGAAGCCCACGGAGAAGACUAGCAUUCAGUCUUCAAUGAAAAAGUUUGUAGCCAAAGGUGCCAACCAAUAUGGAUCUUCCAGCGCCCCGUCCCCUUCAUGGAAGUAUGAACUUAAAGAGUUUGAUGACAUGACUGCAGAAGAAGUCACUUCUUUAUGGGAUUCCCGUAUCAAUUUCAACACCCUGGUGGACACGAACCUUGUGUUCGAGGCUGACAGAGAGAAAAUAAGAAAAAUUGGGCUUCAGGAAGCCUGUCAAGCUGUUAUGACCAAGAGCUUGGAAAUUGCUGCGAUUUCAAAAAUGAUAGAGCUUGAAUCCAGUGGCUUCGAUGGGCUUUCUACGGCCAAGAAGCUUGAAGACAAGGAAAAAGAGAACGCCAAAUUGAAAUCGACCAUGAAGCUGUUGGAAAAAUCUAACAAAGUCAACGAGAAAAAAGCCGCGGACCUGGCUUUGAAACUUGAAAAAUUGAAGAAGACUUUAGAAGAAAACCAAGCCUUGAUGAAGGCGAAAGAAGAAGAGAAUAAGAAGAUGAAGGAAGAGGCAAAUCUUUUCACCUCUGAGAAUACAAAUUUGAAGGAAUCUGUUGCCAACCUUUCCACCAAAACCACCUCCUUGAAGGCCUCCAUCCUCUCCCAACUUGAAGCUGGCUUUAACAAGGCCAAAGAGCAAAUUCUGUUCCUCAAUCCGAACCUGCCUAUCAACACUGAUGGUAUUGAUCCUUAUGCCAGGAUCAUUGACGGAAAUUUGGUAGAGAAAAGAGUGCAUGCUACUGAGUCUUACUAA